AUGGCCUUGGAAGACGAUUUCGCUUCCCUGCAGGCGCGCAACUCAGAAAAAGCCCAGUCGAUGCUCUUCCGCUUCCGCGAGGCCCAGGCCGCGGACCUCGGCAUCAUCGACGUCGGGCGCACGCGGCGGCCCAAGAUGAUCACAGAGGUGACGGCGAUCCCGACGUGCGAGAAGUGGCGCGGCCAGGUGCUCAAGGAGAUCUCGCGCAAGGUGUCGCGCAUCCACGAGACGAGCCUCAGCGACUACCAGGUGCGCGACCUCAACGACGAGAUCAACAAGCUCAUGCGCGAGAAGUACAUGUGGGAGGUGCAGAUCCGCAACCUCGGCGGGCCCAACUACAUGCGCGGCGGCGCCAAGAUGUACGACGAGGCCGGCCGCGAGAUCCCCGGCGGCGGCAAGGGGUACCGCUACUUCGGCCGCGCCAAGGAGCUGCCGGGCGUCAAGGAGCUGUUCGAGGCCGCGCGGUCGCUGGGGAACGAGGACAAGGCCGCCAAGGGCCGCGAGCAGAGGCCGCGUGUCUACGUCGACGCCGCCUACUACGGCUACGCGCCCGAGGAGGAGGACGACGAGCUGCUGCAGUACGAGGCCCAGAAGGAGGCCGAGGCGACCGAACACAUGGCCAACACGGGCAAGCAGGAGGCGCCGCCAGGCUGGGAGCCGCUGCCUGGUGAUUCGGGGGACGGCCAGGUUUGGGUGCUGCCAACGUUAGAGGAGGUGCAGGAGGAGCUGAUAGACCGGAGGAGGAAACGACUGCUCGAUCAACUAUGA